GACAGAAGGCAGUCAGCUGUUGGACAAAAUGUUUUUUCAAAUAAAUAAAAUAGUGCUUUUGAUCGUAUUUAACAUAUUUUUGAUGGUUACCGGUGAUAUCUAUAAGGAUGAGUCUAUGGACCGGGUCACAAAAAACGGGAGAGCACGAGUGGUAUUCACCCCCAUCCGGGGCAAACGAAUGUUUCCCGAUAACAGAGACACGUUGUUGAGAAUGCUAGAGGCUGCUGAUGCUCUCAAGUACUACUACGAUCAGUUGCCCUACUACGACCCGCAAGCUGACGAGGAAGCUAAAGCGACCCAGUUCGGGUACAGACAGGACCCGGCGAUCGACGGCAGAUCCAAGUAUUUCUCCCCACGCCUGGGACGCACCGUGGACCUGACGCCGCGGCUCGGCAGGUCCUAUAACUAUGAGCUAUAUCCCAGCAAAGUGCGCAUAGCCAGAAGCACAAACGGCACAAAAUCGUAGACAAACUGAGCAAAUGAACACGUAAUAAUAACAUUGUGAAUAACUACACGUUAGCGUUGUAUUAUAGACUAUAGUGUUUUGGACGAAGUACUUGUACGUACUUAUUUUAAGGAUACUAGUCAUUGAAGUAAUUGAAUAAAGGAAUGAUUAAAG